AUGGAGCGUUUGUCGACAACAUUGGGCAGGAAGAAAGCAGUAGAUCCCAGUACCAUCCACACAACACAACUAUCUCGCUGUUUGAGCAAGUUUGAUUUAACCUCCCUCGGCGUCGCUACUACUCUUGGAGCAGGAAUAUACAUAUUAAGCGGAACAUUAGCGCGAGGUGUGGCAGGACCAGGGAUAGUCAUAUCGUUCUUCAUUGCUGGAUUGGCAAGUUUAUUGGCAGGACUCUGUUACGCUGAGUUUUCGGCGCGUGUUCCGCGCGUUGGUUCGGCUUACACGUUCGCUUACGUAACAAUCGGCGAACUAUGCGCUUUUAUAAUCGGUUGGAACUUGUUCCUUGAAUAUGUAAUUGCAGUGUCGUCAAUGGCUCGUGCUUGGAGUUCGUACUUGGAUGCUUCUUUGUUAAAUGACGCUAUCAAGAACUUUACGAUCACGGGAAUUGGAAAACUCGGCGUUUCCGGAGUAAUCGUGAGCUACCCCGACUUUUUCGCGUUUUUUCUGGUAUUAGUUGUUUCCGCGAUUUUAUGCUUCAAAGUGAAAUUUACCUCAGUGACAACUAAUGUUAUAACAACGGUAAACAUUCUUGUGAUAAUAUUUAUUAUCAUAUUUGGAGCCAUCUUUGCCGAGAGAAAGAACUGGACGGAUGAUUUUUUGCCCUAUGGUUUUUCAGGCGUCCUCACAGCUGCAGCACCUGCCUUCUUUGCGUUUGUGGGAUUUGAUGUGAUCGCAACCGCAGUGGAGGAGUCGAACAACCCUUCUAAGGAUGUACCAGUCGCCAUGAUCCUUACAAUUGGUAAGUUGUACUUGUAA